GCGUUUCACAGCACUGCACAAACGCUAGCCAACACUGUGGCCGGACGACCGAGUGUUUUGGCUUCGUUUUUGGCGUAAAUUAAUAAAAACAAGUGCUGCUGUCGGUUCCAGGGGCCAUUUCAAUUGUUUGUUUGUCGGCUGUGAAGUACGAUUGGCGAGUGCAGUGGGCGGAAUAACAUUUGAAGACGCUGGAAAUGGCCUUGGACGUCAUCAACUACGGUGAACACUAACUAAAGUCAAUAACAACAAACCAGUAAUCGCCAAACAACGCGAGCGCACGCAUUUCUUCUCUCUGGCUCAACAUUUAUGUAUAUUUUCCACUCUGACAUCAUCAGAACGAUCGCCAGAACGCGGGUGAAAUCUCAGUGUGUGCUUAGGUUUUAGCUUUAGUUUCGGGUUCUGUUUUCGUUUUCUUUUUUGUUUUUUUUUUUUUUUUGUAACAUAUAUUUUGUGGAGCCAUGAGCUUAUUCGAGACCCAUCAUCCUUGAUCGUUAUGCGUGGAAAUCGGUGUGAGAAAAAGCCGAAAGUUUCGCAAGUUGGAAGGAAGACGAGGAGUCAGAAGGAUCAGCACGCUUCGGAAAACCUGUGAUCGACUUCAAAAAAAAAAGAGAGAGAGAGAGAGAGAGAGAAAAAGAACACACAGUAAACUGCCGCUAAGACAUUCACCUUGCUCUUCCUCUGCCACCAGACAUGUAUUCGGCGGUCCGCACCCACGACUACGAUUAUCCGGAAUCGGAAAUGGACGAGCGGGAGAGCCUCUACUUCGAUACGAUAUCGCUGGCGGACUCGGAGGCGGCUGCCGCAGCGGCGGCGCAUCGCAAGUCGAUAUCGCAGUCGAGGAAUACGAUCUACCAUUCGGCAGUUGACCUGGCGGGCGAUGAGAACCGCAGCAGCUUGCGAUUGGGAGUGGAGAACGCGGCUUUGGCCUGGCAACCCGGCUAUCGCCAAUCAACGGCAUUGGAGCACCUGAACGGCAAUGGCAAUGGCAAUGGCAAUGGUGGUGGUGAUCAGACGGAUGCUGUAAUCGCUGCCCAAAUGAUUGCCAUGCAGAAUGGACGUGGCCAUUUGCCAACUGGAAUCGGUGCUUCAACGGAGGGAAAUAAUUCCGGAGGAUUUGGAAACGGAGGAGGAGGAGCAGGAAGAGGAGCAGGAGGUGGUGACGAUGAGGUCUCUAGACGUCUGUUAAGAACUAGUAGCAACAUUUCUAAUAAAGAUAAGAAAUUGCCAAUAACAUACUCCCAGUGGAAAUCAAGGACCUACAGACGAUUCGAUGAUGGCAAGAGGAGCGUGGACUUUGUGCUGGCGUACAAUGGCGAGGAUCAGCUGGAGGAGCACCGGCGCAAGCGGGAGAUCUUCGAGGCGAAUCUGCAGCGGGAGGGACUGCAGCUGGAGCACAACAAGGUGCAGCGGGUGCACUUCAUCAAGAUCCAUGCACCGGCGGAGGUUCUCUAUCGCUAUGCGGAGGUGCUGAAGAUCAAGGUGCCGCUGAAACCGAUUCCCGGACAGGAUCAGAUAUUCGCGGAAACGGCGCACGAGUUCAAGUCCUGUUUGAGCCGGAUGUGCCGCAGUCUCUUCAGUUCGGUGCAACUGAAUUCGGAGCUCUUUCCGGAACGCGAGCCGCGCAUCCAUUUGGAGUUCUCCAAGAACUACCUGGAGCUGUACGACACGGAGCAUCCGAACUUCCUGGACGCCAGCACCCGCUACUCCAUCAUCAGCUUCAUUCUGCAGCGACAGCAUUUUGUGGAAGGCGAGGAGACCGCCGACAAUCUGGGCAUCGAGAAGCUCGUCCAGGAUGGCAUCUAUACGUGCUCCUACACCCUCCACGAUAAAGACGAUCGGGAUCGUCUGCUCAAGGAGUGGGCCAACAUAUCCAAGUGGAAGAACCUGCAACCACUGGACCAAAUCAAAGACUACUUUGGCGCGAAGGUGGCUCUAUACUUCGCUUGGCUGGGCUUCUACACAAAGAUGCUGAUACCCAUCAGUAUUUUGGGCAUCCUCUGCUUCCUCUACGGCUUCAUAACGUGGGGCAGCGAUCCGAUUAGCCGGGAUAUCUGCGACGACAAUGGGACAAUCAUGUGUCCGCAGUGCGACCGCAACUGCGACUUCUGGCGGCUGAACGAGACGUGCACCUCUUCCAAGUUCAACUAUCUGAUAGACAACAAUAUGACGGUGGUGUUUGCACUGACGAUGUCCAUUUGGGCGGUGGUCUACCUGGAGUUCUGGAAGCGCUACUCGGCGGGCUUGGUGCAUCGCUGGGGACUGACGGGGUUCACCCACCACGUGGAGCAUCCGCGACCGCAGUACUUGGCCAAAAUAUCGCGUUCCAGAAAGUUGGCGGGCAAAACGACCACUUUGGAUCCCGAUGUGCCCUUCUGGAGCUUCAAGUUCCUGCCAAACUUCACUAGUUAUAGCAUCAUGGUAUUGUUUAUUUGCAUAUCAGUCAUUGCCAUAGCGGGCAUAAUAAUCUAUAGAAUGGCGCAGCGAGCAUCGCACAGCAUUCUGGGCAGCGAGAACUCGAUGACCUUCAAGGUGAUGAUCCUGCCCAUGACGGCGGGCAUCAUAGAUCUUAUCGUGAUCUCGCUGCUGGACAUGGUGUACUCCAGUUUGGCGGUGAAGCUGACCAACUACGAGUACUGUCGCACGCAGACGGAGUACGACGAGAGCCUCACAAUCAAAAACUAUGUGUUCCAGUUUGUUAACUACUACUCCUCGCUCUUCUACAUUGCCUUCCUGAAGGGCAAGUUCGUCGGCUACCCGGCGAAGUACAAUCGCGUGUUGGGCUUCCGGCAGGAGGAGUGCAAUCCAGGCGGUUGCCUCAUGGAGCUCUGCAUGCAGUUGGUUAUCAUUAUGGCGGGCAAGCAGGCGGUUAACGCUAUUGUGGAGAUGCUGAUUCCCUACCUAAUGCGCACCAUCAAGGAGUUGAGCUAUCGCCACGGGUGGUACAAGAGCCACGAGGAUCAGCGGCUGGUGCCCUACAAUCAGUUCACCGAGGACUACAAUCUUCUGCCCGCCGAGAACAAUUCGCUCUACGUGGAAUACCUCGAAAUGGUUGUGCAAUUUGGCUUCAUCACCCUGUUCAGUUUGGCCUUUCCACUGGCUCCUCUGCUGGCUCUGCUGAACAACGUGUUAGAAGUUCGCCUGGAUGCCAUCAAGAUGCUCCGUUUCCUGCGGCGUCCAGUGGGAAUGAGAGCUCGGGACAUCGGAGUUUGGCAGGGCAUAAUGACCGUCGUCACCCGAAUAGCAGUGGCUUCCAGCGCAAUGAUAAUCGCAUUUAGCACAAACCUCAUACCGAAAAUCGUGUAUGCCGCCUCAUCCGGUGAUAUCGAACUCAAUAACUAUUUGAACUUCACGCUGGCCGUGUUCAACACGCAGGACUUCCAGGUGCAACCGCUGCUGGGGGAAAGCCAGCAUGUGAACGAGACGGUGUGCCGAUACACGGAGUUCCGGAAUCCGCCGGACGAUCCGCAUCCCUACAAACGUCCCAUGAUCUAUUGGAAGAUUCUAACGGGUCGACUGGCCUUCAUCGUUAUCUAUCAGAACAUCAUCACCAUGCUGCAAGGUAUUCUACGUUGGGCAGUGCCAGAUGUCUCUGGUCGCCUGUUAAAGCGCAUCAAGCAUGAGAACUUCCUGCUGCGAGAGCACAUCAUCGAGUACGAGAAACAGCACGCCAUGAAACUGGUCCAAACGGAGGUUUCUGUUGGCCAACAGAAAGCGGAGAGCAAUCUGCGCCAGCGACAAAGUGAAACCGCAAAUCGGAGGAGCGAAGAAGCCACCUCCUUUGUGUAAAUGUAAUAACGACAAAUCAAAGCCGCAUGUUCAUCAAGAUCAUUCCUUGGUUUCUCCACGCGACACGUAGUUAGCUGAACUUUUGUAUAUAUGUAUAACCGACACGCGAAUAUCCAAGGAUCGUAUAUAUCGUUAUCGCCUGAAUGUUGUGCUUCGUACUUAAGAUGAUUUUUGUACUGUGUUUGCAUUGGAAAUGCUCAAACGACAAGUCAAGCAAUUGCAUUUUUAUAUAUACACACACGAAUAAGGUUUUAUAUGUAUAAUUGUUACUUGAUUUUCCAAACGGAUCGAUUCCGGGUGUGUUGUAUUUUGUACAAAGGAUACGCGCAACUCCCCAAAAAAAGAAGGGAAAUUAGAGAAAAUGGAGCCAAGAGAAUUGAAUCGUCAUCCCCUUAAAGAUCACAGUGUGGCCAAGUCGCUUAAGCAGCACACAAAAUAUACAGUUAUAGGAUAUGUAUUUGAAUAUUUUUUACAUUAUAUACACACGUCCAAAGUGCAUUAACAACGAGUAUUUAUAAUUUAAUAAUAAACAAAAUGAUGAUGAUGAAGAAGAAUGAGGGAACCGUUGGUAGCUAUAUCUAGAUACAUAUAUCUAGAUGGAUCAUAAAAACAAAAAUGAAUUAAAACGAAUUAUACACCACAAAAUGUGUGCAAGUUGAAAUACGCUAACACUCUACACUAAGAAACAAUCCAAUGUACCUUACAAUUGUUACCCACAAACAAACAACCGAAAUGCGAACUCAGAAAUACUAUAUGUACGUGCAGUUCAUCCCCAUACCCAUCUGAUAGAUCCGUUGUUUUUUAUUGUUGAUGAUUGAUUAUUGCCAAGCGAGAGCAUUGCAUUGCACACUUCGCAAUAUUUUGUAGAACUCUAAACGCUACCUUACCUACCAGUACCGAACACCUAUAGUGAAUUGUUGUUUUGAUAAACAUAUUUAUACGAUAACAAUAACGAUAACAUCUACGAUUACGAUAGAGAUUAAGCCAGAAACGAAUUGUGUUGUCUGCUGGUCUGCAUGUGAAAUUAAGAAAUAACGAAUAAAAAACGUGGGUGUUCAAUCCAUUAAUGUUAACAGUGA